AUAGCUAUAAUAAUAACGCAUAGUGGUCCUAAUCGGUAUAGCUAUAAUAAUAACGCAUAGCAAUCCUACAGGGCGCACCGCCCAUCGCCCCGCCUGCACAGGAAAUUACAGCUAGAGCGACCAAAGUUCACGGGGAGGGACUUAGGGCCGAAGUCACCGACUCACAGUCCCAGUGUCUUUAUGAAAAUGACACGGCAGUCUACCCUUAGUAUGUAGAGCGCUGGGGAUACUGCGGCGUAUAUCUUCAGUGUAAACCAAGAGAAACGUGAAGAAUCCGCACUGUUAUGCUCAGAGCAGUUACUGCAAUUGUGGUCGGCGUGUGUCAGAACAAAACUGUCACUAAAAUUCACCCUGUCAAGAUAAUGAUGUCACGACAGCUGUACGCGCGCAGAAUUGAAGGAGUGGACAAAAAUAUUUGGGUGGAGUUCACUCAGCUGGCAGCGGAUUAUAAGGCCGUGAACCUCGGCCAGGGUUUUCCAGAUUUCCCUCCACCUGACUUUGUUCGGGAGGCUUUCCGUCAGGCUGUGAGCGGAGAAUACAGGCUUCAUCAGUACACACGUGCUUUUGGCCAUCCGCCUCUCGUGAAGAUGCUAGCCAAGUUCUUCGGAAGGAUUAUGGGCCGGGAGGUCGACCCGAUGGAGGAUGUCCUGGUCACCGUGGGUGCGUACGAGGCCCUCUUCUGCGCCUUCCAGGCCCUGGUGGACGACGGUGAUGAGGUGAUCAUCAUCGAACCAUUUUUCGACUGUUACCAGCCGAUGGUUAAAAUGGCAGGAGGAAAACCUGUUUAUGUCCCCUUAAGGCCCACAAAGGACAGAUCUGUAUCCAGUGCAGAUUGGGUUUUGUCUCCUGACGAACUGGCCAGUAAAUUUACACAGCGCACGAAAGCCAUCGUUCUGAACACGCCGAACAACCCGCUGGGAAAGGUGUACAAACAGGAAGAGCUGCAGCUUAUUGCAGACCUGUGUGUGAAGCAUGAUGUGGUGUGCAUCAGCGACGAGGUGUACGAGUGGCUGACCUAUGAGGGAGCCAAGCACAUUAAAAUAGCUAGUCUGCCUGGAAUGUGGGAGCGAACGAUAACCAUUGGGAGUGCGGGGAAGACCUUCAGUGCCACGGGAUGGAAGGUGGGCUGGGCCAUUGGGUUUGGACCCCUCCUGACGCAUCUGAAAACAGUCCAUCAGAACUCUGUGUACCACUGUGCCACUGCUGCGCAGGAGGCGGUGGCCCAUGGAUUUCAGAGGGAGUUUGAUCAUUUUGGGAGCCCAGAAAGUUACUUCCUCCAGCUGCCUGAAAGGCUUCAGCUGAAGCGCCAGAAGCUGGCUGCGUGCCUUUCGAACGUUGGUCUUCAGCCUGUCAUUCCGGAGGGAGGCUACUUCAUGAUCGCAGAUAUUUCGGCCAUGAAGGUAGAUCUGCCAGAUUCCAAAGCCCAAGAUGAGCCGUAUGAUAACAGGUUUGUGAAGUGGCUCAUCAAGAAUAAGGGCUUAGCCACCAUACCAGUGUCUGCUUUUUACAGUCCGGAACACUGCAAGGAUUUUGAAAAUUACAUCAGGUUCUGUUUUGUCAAGGAGGACUCAACCCUAAACGCAGCAGAAGAGAUUCUUAGGAAAUGGAGUAAAAGCAGACUGCAGAUGAAGUAGCCAGCCGUCACUCACACUCCUGUGUUACCCAGCAUUAAAGGGACAAUGUUACUCAGUGUCUACACACUCCUGAGAAUGAAGACUUGUCAGUGUUGUCAGGUUACACUGCAAAAACUGGGCAACGACUAUUUUGCCAACAUAUUUUAUAUUUUAUGAUAUGAGAUUUUAACUUAUACAAGAAAUAUUGCACUAUAAUUGUGAAACUACUAACCCAAUCUCAGCUGUAGAAUUAGUAGAAUCUGAUGAGAAUGCAUACAGGCAAGGCUUUUUGAAAGGCUUGUUCUUAAUUGUAACAUGUACAUGAUUGAGUAAAAACCUAUUGUCAGGUCAAUCUAGUUUUAAAUUAUUAUUUGCUACUUCUUAAUGGGGUGGGAAAGUUUGACAUUUUCCUUGUCAUUUCUAAAGGUUAAUAAUAAGAUUCAUUAAAAAGUGUUAAAGUUAAAA